UACAUGCACGAAGCUGAUUACUGGCCGGCAUGGCGAUGAAAGCCUGUAGGAUAAACAGCCUCCGCCACACGCACAAGGUAGCCAUCGUGAGACUUGGUCUGAUUAUUUAUUCUGCACUCCACCAAAGAGAAAACGUGUGAGCCUCAUUAUAGCAAUCUUGCAUUUUGUCAUUGAUUCGCAAAUCGCUCCAGCGCCAGCUCGACGCAGACAAGAACGGAAGUCACGUGACGUGGGCCAUGGUAACCUAGGACGCUUUGAGAGCCUCCCGCGAGCGCUCGUGAGGUUUUGGUGACGGCAAGUAGACAUUUAAAUAGAAACACAUCGUUAUCGAAUGGCCUGACAGACUGUGCGAGCUGGAAAAGACGCAAAAUACGCUAUUGCAUAGCUAUAACGGCAGUUGAACACUGAACUGAAAGGUUUGAGAAAUAUGCGAAAGAUGAAAACAGUUGGAGGUCAGCAGUGAGCAAUGACGACUGUAACCUUUGAAUCGGACACCGUUAGGCCUCCACGUCCGUCGUGGGCCGGACAGAAAUCACGAGGAGAUAACAAUGUGCGUCCCAUGACUGACUCCCGUCCCUUCACCGGCUUCAAACAUCCGUGGGAGAACCGGAAGGCUUUAAGUGAAGACUACGAGCUUCCCAUUUCGGGGCGAGAGGGAUGGUGGCGCUCAUACAUACGGGAGACGCCGAGGCCCGGCAGCUACGACUCCUCGACUUUCGUGGACGAUAUCAGUCAGCGACCCAACACCUACCGCUUCAAAUCUGAUGGCAGGAAGAUCGACCCUCAGCCUCACAACAAGGGCAGCUUACUUUUACCAGGAGCCUACGACUUUCAGAGCUUCCUAGACAUCCUGGACAAGAAGCCGAUCCCAGCCACCUACAACUUCAGAACACCUGCUCGAGACUCCUUCGAUGUUCUCAACUUUGGCAAGAAGGACAAGGAAAUUAACGUGAGUCCCACGGCGUACCAAAUGGACAAAUAUCUGUCAUUGUCUGCAGAUAAAAUGCCUUCUAAACAUCCUGCCUUCAAGUCUCAAGUCAAGCGUUUCCCUACACUGUACUUCAAGCCGAAGGAAGGACCAGGUCCUGGUCUCUACGACUCACAACUCCCAGUUUUCCAGCAUCCUGUAUCAUCAUCUUUCAAGUCCAGAACUCCUCGCUUCUCAACUUCCUACACGAAGGUUCCUGGACCCGGGACGUACGAGAAGAUCUUCCAGUUCCCGAUUCCGCCCACCGUGGCCAAGAUGGGCCGACAGUACGGGCUUUUCUUUACAAGUGCGUUCCAGUCCUGAAUCUCACCAACUUCCAUGUCUGUCGGGCGCGAGUCUCGCUCUAAAGGUUGUCCUCAGACAUGGAAGACGUCUGGCUUGCCAACAACUAUGAGUGAUCUUUCUACUUGUGAUCUUCACACGGGAUUUUUAAAAACUUUUGUGCGUUUCCAACUUGAUUGACGUUUUCGACAGACACGAUAAGCGACAAUUAUCUUCGCACACCUGACAAUUCAUGAUCAUGUCAAUGAUUUACCUUCUUCCACCAUCUACGAUGACGUUCAAAUGUGAAUUCUGCUCACACCUUUGUCACCACCCUGCAGUAUUAAUGUGACUAGGAAUGUUUGUUGUAUUAGCUAGUAACAUUUUGUAUAUUUAGCUUAAUAUAUAGCAGUAUUUUGUUGCUUUUGGUCUUGCCGUCGUUUCCUUUGAGUCUCCCAUUCUGUCGUGUCAUUUACCUAUUUCUAAUUUACAAUGCACACACUGACACAGAAUAUUGCAUUUCUCACGAGGUUACACUCCGCUUCCCUCUUUAGUCCUAAGCGAUCACAUUGUUUAGGGAAAUGGCGAUGCUAAACCGGUUGCUUACUGGUUCUGCUUGUGUGGUGGAGUUGCUAGCUUUCCAGCCUCUAAACUAUUCCGGCCAACACAAACAACGAAACAACGGGAAAACAAGUGCAGUUCGUCGUCUUAAAAAGCUUCCAGUAAAGUAACGUAUCUACCACACCAACAUCGUCGCCAAGUCUAGAGCACAACUUCUGCUAGAAUAUGCAACACAUUGCAGGACAAUAGCUAUCCAGAUAUUUCUGCAGCAAAAGGAAGAUGAGCUUCUGGCUGUUUGUUGCCUGCUCCAACAGUUGGAGAUGGCCGGUAUCUGCAGCAGCUGAUGGACCAGUAACUUUGCAACUCGUCCUUCUAUGACCAGGACACCGACAGAAAUGCGACAUUUUAUGUCAAAUGCAGGCACAGAAUCAAAAAUGUCACAAUCUUCUGGAUAAAUUCUCUUCUUAUAUAAACGUUUAAUCUGCAGUAUUUUUCUGCUUUCGUUUUCACAUGCGAAAAUAUACAUCCUGACGUCUUUACAAACGAAAAUAUCAGUACAUCAUAACAUUCAACUUCGCCAUCAGUUUUGCGGCUAGAUGUGAGGAUUCGUAUUCAACCAAUGCUGAGAUCACACUUUCGUUUGAUGUGUUUCUUUGUUAAAUAUACAAACGCCGAUGCAGUAUUAAACGUUAAGUGUAGAAACUGCCUUUCAAAUAUUGAAAAGUGGAAACGUUUGCUCGUAUAACGACAAUAAAAUAUCAGAGCCAGAGAA